CUCUCCUUCUCUUUCCUUUUCUCUCACAGAACUGACUGCUCUGUGCGUCAGUUGCCAAAAGGUGGGGACACUUCCUGCCGCCUUUGCAACACUGAGAAGUUGUCUUAAGGAGCCUGAGCCCCAAGUUUGAGCUCCAGGCCAGGAAAGUGAAGGCGGGUUGGGCUUGCCCUCUCCCCAGGUCUCCAGGCAGCCCUCCCGGUUUGCACCUGGCCAUGUCCCUCGCCGAGGUCAUCAGCCUCUGGAAUGAAGGAGUGCUGGCAGCCGACAAGAAGGACUGGAAGGGAGCCCUGGAUGCCUUCACUGGGGUACAGGACCCCCACUCCAGGAUCUGCUUCAAUGUGGGCUGCAUACACACGAUUUUGGGGAACCUGCCAGAGGCGGAGAAGGCCUUCACCAAAAGCAUUAACCGAGACAAGCACUUGGCAGUGUCCUACUUCCAACGAGGGAUGCUCUAUUAUCAGAUGGAGAAAUAUGAUUACGCCAUUAAAGAUCUUAAGGAGGCUUUGACUCAGCUUCGAGGGAACCAGCUGAUCGACUACAAGAUCCUGGGGCUACAGUUCAAGCUGUUUGCCUGUGAGGUGUUAUAUAACAUUGCUUUCAUAUAUGCCAAGAGGGAGGAAUGGAAAAAGGCUGAAGAACAUUUAGCGUUGGCUGCGAGCAUGAAGUCUGAGCCUAGACAUUCCAAAAUCGACAGAGCCAUGGAAAGCGUUUGGAAACAGAAGCUGUAUGAGCCGGUAGUGAUCCCUGCGGGCAGGCUCUUUCGGCCGAACGAGAAGCAAGUGGCUCAGCUGGUCAAGAAGGAUUACCUAGGCAAGGCCACGGUCGUGGCGUCUGUGGUAGACCAGGACAGCUUCUCAGGGUUUGCCCCCCUGCAGCCACAGGCAGCUGAGCCUCCACCCAGGCCCAAAACCCCAGAGAUCUUCAGGGCCCUGGAAGGGGAAGCCCACCGUGUGUUGUUUGGGUUUGUGCCUGAGACCCCAGAGGAGCUGCAGGUCAUGCCGGGGAACAUCGUCUUUGUCUUGAAGAAGGGCAAUGAUAACUGGGCUACGGUCAUGUUCAACGGGCAGAAGGGGCUUGUUCCCUGCAACUACCUUGAACCAGUUGAGCUGCGGAUCCAUCCUCAGCAGCAGCCCCAGGAAGAAACCUCCCCCAAGUCUGAUAUCCCAGCUCCCCCGAGUUCCAGUGCUCCUGGAAGACCCCAGUUGUCACCAGGUCAGAAAAGAAAAGAAGAGCCCAAGCAGGAAGUCAAGCUCAGUGUCCCCACGUCCUACACACUCAAGGUGCAUUACAAGUACACGGUGGUCAUGGAGACUCAGUUCAGGCUCCCCUACAGCCAGGUCCGGGACAUGGUGGCUAAGAAGCUGGAUCUCCUGCCAGAACACACGAAGCUGAGCUACCGUCCUCGGGACAGCAAUGAGCUGGCGCCUCUUUCGGAAUUCAGCAUGAAGGAUGCCUGGGCCCAAGUGAAAAACUAUUGCCUGACGCUGUGGUGUGAGAACACCGUGGGUGACCAGGGAUUUCCAGAUGAACCUGAAGAAAGCAAAAAAUCUGAUGCUAAUAACCAGACAACAGAACCUGAGCUUAAGGAAGGGAGCAAAGUGGUAGCUCUCUUUAGUUACGAAGCUACCCAGCCAGAAGACCUGGAGUUCCUGGAAGGGGACGUAAUCCUGGUGAUAUCAACGGUGAAUGAAGAAUGGCUGGAAGGGGAGUGCAAAGGGAAGGUUGGCAUUUUCCCCAAAGCUUUUGUUGAACAACAUGCAGCUACAGACUUGGAAAGCACACCCAGAAGAGUCUAGGAUGUUUCACAACCUACAACGUUGAAGAAAAGGAAGUACUAUCGCUUACAAGAUUUGGCACGCCUCUGCUGUACAUUCGAGAGACAUCUCUGGGAGUAUUAAUUCAUCUACUCUUCUGUUAAAACUUAACCUAUUAGACGAUGAUGUGAGAACUUACAAUGAUUACGUUGAAGACGGGUGGGGGGGUGGUGGUCGGAAAUGUCUAGAAGAGGGGGGUCUUCUAGGGUGCAGAAAAUCUGUUUCUUGCUUGGAGUGCUGGCUACCCAUGUUCGGUUUGUGAAUUCACCGAGUUGUGUACUUACUAUUGGUACACUUCUCUCUAUAUGUGAUGCCUCAAUAAAAAACUUACAAAAACAAGAUACCCAGAGUGCAGGCCCAAGACCUAAGUAUAAAUAUCCCCACUCCUAGACCAUUACUAUCACAAACUCCCGGGGACUGAGGUAACUUUAUAGGUAACUCAGAAGAUGUGAGCAUGCACGCCUACACACAGGAAACUGACAUUUUGGGGAUUAGAAGUCUCGCUGCUUAAACAGAGCCUAGGCUGAGUUAUGUUCCCCUGGAAUAUAGCUUUUAAUUUCACAGAAAAUUAAAAUACUGGAACUACGUCCCUUGAUUUCUUCUCAUAGAGGACAUCUGUUAGAGUUCAAUAGUGAGUAUAUGCCACUAAUACUUGAGAUGAAAAGGGACCAUGCUCAGGAAGCCAGGUGGUUAGUACCAUCCUACUAGGUUAUAUUUGUUUUUCAGGAUUAACUUGGGUGAGUUUCCAUAAACUCAAAACGCCUGGCCUUAAUUCCCCUUCCUCUUGUGGAAUAUUCUGUUAACAAUUUUUCAAGUGUGUAGGUGCUUAUGAAAAGCACAUUUAGGAGACAAACUAGACUGAAUCAACAUCAGUGUGAAAACGUAGCUGGUGGGCGUGCGCACACACACAGGUGAGGUGCGGUGUUGGCUUCCGCACACAGCGAAGGCCGGCAGGUUACCACUGGAAAUCAGGGGACACAACCUGAGGAAAUACAACCCCAGAGCAGAGAACACCAAAUACCGUUGCUGCUCAUCACACUGAGUUGAGUUUACUGGGCCAAUAGGAUACACGGUCUCUGAGCUGCCUUAUUAAGGGUGUUAGUAAGGAUAAAAAUGCUGAGUUGUUAACUCCUUUGCUUAAGCCAUUCUUUAUUAGAAUCCAUCCCUUUUUGUAAUCCUGCACAUCGGUUUGAAAUAUUACUAAAAACAAAAAUAACUGUGAAGCAUUUUCGAUUUUUGACCUUUCAUUCCCCUAGAUGACUUGUGAGUAGUUUACAUUUGUUAAGUUGGAUUUUCUUUCAGGGCAGGAAAGAAACAAUCUCUACACAGAUCUGGUUGGAGAGAACAUGGUUUAAUUAAAGGCAAAGCUGAUUUCAGCAGCUGCAGGUCUUGCACAGACAGACCAAAACAAAUAAACAAAAACAAAAAGAAACACAAAAGAAAGUUUGCUACACAGAACCAGUUUCUGAUGAAGAUUCUCCUUUCCCUCCUCAUUACUCCACACUGAGGAUGAUAAGGCGAGGGACCCCGCCCCAAGAGUCAAAAACAUUCCAAACACCAAAUUCUCAUGCAGAAAUGGGGCUGCAGACGGGACGUGGGCACUGCGGGAGCGAGACGGCGAACCUGGUGGGCGUGUCGAGGGUGCAAGAGUUGGUGACGGUUCAAACACUGGAAUGUUGCAGCUGCCUGAAUGCAGAGCUCAAACACACAAAGUGGGUAAAGGCAGCAGGGAAGAAGGGUCGGGAGGGAGGGGAUGGGAGGACGGUGGUCACAGAGGUGGGGCUGGAGAGAAGCACAAAGGGUUUCAUAUUGCCAUUGGGUGGGGGACUUCACCCUUUCAGACCUUUCAAAAAAAAAAAA